UGCCUGCCGGCGGGGGGGGGGUCUGUGGGGAGGAGAGCCAGCGAUGACGCGCGGCCCUCACGUGACCCGGAGCUGCAGAGCGACGCAGCCCAGGGUGCAGUCGUCACUCGCGUCUGGCUACCAGCUCCCCGCUGCCCUGCGCAUGGCGGGCUAGCAUCAGGCCCGGGGAAAGCGGAGCAGUUCGGUGUGGCACUGUUUGUGGUGAGGCGAGGGAAGGAGAGGAGAAAACUGCACAGGAUCUAUGGAGGUCUUCUCAUAGGCUUACAGUAGGCCUAUUUACCUCUAGAAACAAGAGAAAGAGACUGGCCCAUAACCAUGGAGAUCUAUCUGCACGUCUGCUACAGGGCUUGAGAUAACUGGAAACAAAGAAACAAGAAGAAAAUUGUCUCCAAUCAGUAUAGACUGGUAAGAAGGUCCAAAGAUCUCAUGAAUUUAUGUAUCUACUUUAGGAGGGUGUAUCACCAAGAAAGAAAAGGAAAGAGGAGGGGAAUUCUUUGGAUCAGUACAGGUCUACCACCAGUGGCAACUGUAGUGGCUGAAGACCAGCACCAUCACAGGCCUACAUCCAGACCUAUCACGUUCUUUCCUCAGCCCGAGUGAGCCCCCCUGUACCUUGUUCGUGCCUUCAGCAGGGGUUAUUACAUGGGCCGCAUUCAGGAAGUGGGCUGGGCAACUGCAGGACUGGUGAUCUGGGCUGGCACCUGCUACUACAUUUACAGAUUAACCAAGGGAAGAGCUCAGAAUGAGAGGAGACUUGCCAGAAAUGGGUCCAAAGUCAAGAUGGAGACUGUGGUUGGGGUACAGAACCAGACCUUGGCCACGAGUGAAGCCUUGGCUGGGGCAGAGACUGAGACUAGACCCAAGGCCAUGACUGGAGCAGAAACUGGAGCAGGAGGUGGGCUUGGGGCUGAAGCAGAGGCCCAGGUCACUGCUAUAUCCAGACCCAAAGCCAACUCUCAGUCCAAGGCAAUGGCUGAGGCAGAGACAGAGACUGAAUUUGAGGCCAAAUCAGUGGUUGGAACACUGAUCAUGACAGAGGUAGUGACUCUGACUGAGGCCAAUGCCAAAGCUAGGGAAGUGGCCAUGAAAGAGGCAGUGACCCAAACUGAUGCUGAGGCUGGGGGACUAGUGAAGAAAGAGGCAGUGACCCAGACCAAGGCUAAAGCUUGGGCAGCGGUUGCCAGGUCAGAGGCCAAGAAAGAAACAAUGACCCAGACCAAAGCUGAAGCUCGUACAUUGGCUGAAAAAGAGACAGAGAUUAACAAAGUAAUGGUGACACAGAGUGAGGUCUUGGCAGUGACCAAGGAAAUGGUCAAGAUUGGGACCAUGAACAAGGCUGGAAUUGUGGCUGAAACCAAGACAAGAACCCUGGAAGAGACUGUGAGUGUGGUUAAAACUCAUUCUGAGGCUAGGCCUGAUCCCACAGUUGAUGCUAAGGAAAAUCUCAAUGGCACAUCCAGGGCAGAGGCUGAAGUGGACAUGAAGUUCUGUGCACAGUCUCAGGCUGUGGCCAAGGUCCAAGAUGAUGACAUGCCUGGUGCUGGGGAUAAGGACAAGGGUAAUCUUAAAAUCCUGUGUAAGGCAGGCUCUGGGGUAGACACAAAGGCUUCUUUCCAGCCCCAAAUUGCUCCCCAGACACAGGCUGAAGCCAUGCCUGGGGCAAAGGUUAUUGACAGGGGUGAUGACAAUGCCAUGUGUAAAACAGAGAUAGAGGCAGAUAUGAAAGCUUGUAUAAUACAGUCUCAGACUAUGGCCAAAAAACAGGCUGAAGCAACAUCUGGUGCCAGGGUUGAUGGCAGGGUAAAUUCCAAUGUCAUAUCUAAGGCAAUGACUGGAGCUGACAUGAGGGCUACUGCUCAGGUACAAGCUGUAUCCACUGCUCAGGUUGAGGCCAUACCUGAUGCCAAGGUUAAGGGUAGAGCCAAUCCCAAUGCCAUGGCUAAAGCAGUGGCCAGAACAAACACGAGGACCAAUUCACAGGUUGAAGCCUUGACUGAUACCAGGGAUAAGACCAGAAGUGAUCCCAAUGUCAUGGCUAAGGCGGGGGCUGGGAUGGAUAUGUUGUCUUGUACCCAGAUUCAGCCUGUGGCCAAUGUCCAGGGUGAUGUCUUGCCUGAUGGAAGAAUCAAGGCUAAGGGCAAUGCCAAUACCAUGUCUAAGGAAGGAGCUGAGGCUACUGCCCAGAGCCAGGGUGAAACCUUACCUAUUACUAGAGGUAAGACAAGGGGCAAAGCCAAAGCCAAAUGUAAAGCAGGGGUUGGGACAGACAUGAAAACCUGUGUACAGCCUCAGGCUGGGAUCAAGACCCAAGCUGAGGCCUUGCAUGAUUCCAGGGUUGAUGGUAGUAGUGAUUCUAAUGCCAUUUCCAGAGCAGGGUCUAAGACAGACCAGAGGACCUGUGGUCAGCCCCAAACUGUGGCAAAUUUGCAAGGUGAGACCCUACCUGGUGCCAAGAAUAGGGUCAAAGGCAACUCCAACACUGUGCCUAAGGCAGGAACUGUGGAAGGUACAAUGGGCUCUUCCCAGUCCCAGGCUGUGACCACUUCCCAGAAUGAGGCCUUGCCUGGUAUCAGGAAUAAGGUAAAGGGCAAUACCAAUGCUGUGCCUAAGGUAGAGGCUGGGGCAGAUGCAACAGGGUCUGCUCAGCCCCAGGUUGUGGCCAAUUCCCAGGGUGAGACCUUGCCUAGUACCAGGAAUAAGGUCAGGGGCAAUCGCAAUGCUGUGCCUAAGGUAGGGGUCAGGCAAGAUACAGUGUGCUCUGCCCAGCCCCCAAAUGUAGCCAAUUCCCAGAAUGAGGCCUUGCCUGGUGCCAAGAAUAAGGUUAAGGGUAAUUCCAAUGCUGUGCCUAAGGCAGAGGCUGGGGUGAGUUCUGCCUAUCCCCAGGCUGUGGCCAAUUCACAGGGUGAAUGCUUGACUGGUACCAGGACUAAGGUCAAGGGCAAUCCCACUGCUAUGUCUAAGCCAGAGGCUGGGGCAGGUACAAUGGGCUCUGCCCAUCCCAAGGCUGUGGCCAGUUCCCAGGGUGAGGCCUUAUCUGGUGCCAAGAAUAAGAUCAGGGGCAAUUCCAAUAUUGUGCCUAAGACAGAGGCUGGGGCAAAUUCAAGAGACUCUGCCCAGUCCCAGGCUGUGGCCAGUUCCCAGAGUGAAAACCUGCUUGGUGCCAGGAAUAAGGUCAGGGGCAAUCCCAAUGCUAUUCCUAAGGCAGAGACUGGGGCAGAUACAACAGGCUCUGCCCAGCCCCAGGCUGUGUCUAAUUCCCAGGGUGAGAAUUUGCUUGGUGCCAGGAAUAAGGUCAGGGGCCAUUCUAGUGCUGUGCCUAAGACAGCGACUGGGGCAGGUACAACGGGGUCUUCCCAGCCCCAGGCUAUGGCCAGCUCCCAAAACGAGGCCUUGCUUGGUGCCAGGAAUAAGGUCAGGGGCAAUUCCAAUACUGUGACUAAAGCAGGGGCCAAGACAAGUAUAAAGAGCUCUGCUCAGCCCCAAACUGUGGCCAGUUCCCAAGAUGAGGCCUUGCUUGGUGCAAGGGAAAAAGCUGUGUCCAAUUCUGAAGCAGAAACCAUAGCAAAAGAUGAAGUCUAUGCAAAGCCUGAGUCUGAGGCUGUGCCCACAUCUGAGAGUGAAGGUGGGAUAGACUCUCAGGCUUGCAGAAGGACUCAGCCUAAUAUUCAUGACUACUACUGGAAUGGAAUUGGUGUAGAGGAUUGGAUUGCUGCUGAGCGAUGGAUCAAAUUUAGGUUUCAGGCCAUGGAUGGAGACUGGGAAAAUAGUGUGUCCUGGGCUGAUGAUGAGAAUGAAGCCAGUAUUGGGUCCUGGAGUGGGGCUAGUGAUAAGGCUGGUGUUGUCAGUUCCUGGGCUGUGGCCUGUGAUGAGACCAGCAUUAAGUCCUGGGCUGGGGCUGGAGCUAGGGCUGAGAAUGAGGUUGCUGUUGCAUCUUGGGUAGGAGCUGGGGAUCAGGCCAGUGGAGGAGUCUGGGCUGGGGGUCAGGCUAGUGAGGGGUCCUGGGCUGUGGACAAAGCCAGUGGUGGUUCCUGGGUAGAGGCUCAGAACAAGGCCUUUGGAGGGUCUUGGACUGGGGCUGAGAACCAGACCAGUGGGGGGUCUUGGGUUGUCUCUGGGAAUCAGGCCAUUGGAGGGCCCUGGGUUGUUGGUCAGGUCAGUGAGGGGUCUUGGCCUGCAGGCCAGGCCACUGGUGUUUCCUGGGUUGUGGACCAGGCUACUGGAGGGUCCUGGACUGUGGCUGAUAAUCAGGCUAGUGCGGUGUCUUGGGCUGGAGCUGGAAACAUAGUUAGUAUUGGUUACUGGACUGGGGCCAUGGACCAGGCCACUGGAGGGUCCUGGGCUGGGACUGGUGAUCAGUCCAGUGGUGAGACCAAGCCUAGAUUUGAAGAUCAGGCCAGUGAAAAAGGGUCCUGGACUGGGGCUGUUGUCCAGGCUAGUGGAGAGUCCAGGUUGGGACCUGAGGACCAGUCCAGUGGAAGGUCUUGGGCUGAUACUGCAGAUCAAGCCAGUGGAGGGCCCAGGCUUGGGCCUGUAGACCCAAGUGGUGCAUCCUGGGUUGGCACUGGGGACCAGGCUGGUGGAGGAUCUACACCAGGGCCCGCAGAUCAGUCCAGUGGUGGGUCUUGGGCUGGCACUAGGAACCUGGCCAUUGGAGGGUCCUGGACUGGAAGUAGUGAUCAAUCUGGUGGUGGAUCUAAGCCUAGUUUUGAGAAUCAGGCCAGUGAUGAAGGUUCUUGGGCUGGGGCUAUUGCCCAGGCUGGUGGAGGGUCCAAGUCAGGGCCUGAGGAUCAGUCCAGUGGAAGAUCCUGGGCAGAUUCAGGGAAUCAAAUCAGUGGAGGGUUCUUGGUUGGGGCUGUGGACCAGACCAGUGGAGAGUCCCAGGUUGGGGUUAGGGACCUGGCUGCUGGUGGGGCAAAUCCUAUAUUUGAGGACCAGACCAAUGCAGCAGGAUGCUGGGCUAAUUCUGGGGACCAGCCUGGUGGAGGAUCUAGCCUGGGGUCUGGAGGUCAGUCCAGUGGAAAUUCCUGGGUUGGUACUGGGGACCAGACCAGUGGAUGGUACUGUGCUUACACUGGGAGUCAGACCAAUGUAACAGGGUCUUGGGUUGUGGCUGGUAGUCAAGAUGUCGGAGUGUCCAGACCAGGGCCCAUGAACCAGUCUAGUGUUGUGUCCUGGGCUGGCACUGGGAGUCAGGUCAGUGGAAUGUCCUGGGCUAUGGCUGGGGAUCAGUCUGGUAGUUGUUCCAAACCUGGAUUUGAGAAUCAGGCCAUUGGAGGAGGAUUCUGGGCUGGUGCUGGAGAUCAGACUAGUGGAGGAUCCAGACCAGGGUCUCAGGAUCAGUCUAAUGGAGGAGGUUCCUGGGUUGGAGCUGGUGGCCAUGUAAUUGGAGGGUCUAUAUCAGGUCCCACAGACCAGUCCAGUGGUGGAUCCUGGGCUGCCACCGUGAGUCAGGUCAGUGGAGGAUCAUGGAUUGGGCCUGGGGAUCAGACUGUUGUCUGCUCUAAAUCUGGAUUUGAGGAUCAGGCUAGUGGAGGAGCUUCUUGGGCUGGUGCUGGGGAUCAGACCAGUGGAGAAUCCUGGGCUGUGUCUAAGCCUGGGAAUGAGGCUAGUGGAGGCUCUAGGCUGGGCUCUGAGGACCAAGCCAGUGGAGGGUCUUGGGCUAAGUCUGAGGACCAGGCCAGUGGAAGAUUCUUGGUUAGUGCUGAGGUAGAGGCCAAUGAAGGAUUCUGGUUUGGGCCUGGGAGUGAGGCCUUUAUAGGUUCUUGGUGUUGGACAGGGGAAGAGGCUGUUAUUGUGGCCAGGUCUGAUUGUAAGCAUCAGUCAAGUAUUGAAUCCACAUCAAGAACUGGGGAAGAGAUUAUCAAUAAUUCUGAGUUGGUGGAUGAGAACAAGGCCAGUAUUGGGUCCUGGAUCAGAUCUGAGGAGGCAGCUUAUGUAGGUUCCUCUGUAGGGGCUGAGGCUGGUGCUGAGGCCAGAACUGAGGCUGGAGCUGAGGCCAGAUCAGAGGCUGGGGCUGAAACCAGGGCUGAAGCUGGAGCUGAGGCUGGGACUGAGGCCAGGACUGAGGCCACAGCUGAGGCUAGGGCUGAGGCUGGGGCUGAGGCCAGGACUGAGGCCACAGCUGAGGCUGGGGCUGAGGCCAGGGCUGAUGCCGGGACUGAGGCUGGGGCUCAGACUGGAACUGAGGCUGGAGCUGAAGCCAGAACUGAGGCUGUGGUUGAAACCUGGGCUGAGACCAGGACUAAGGCUGAGGCUGAGACCAGGGCUGAGGCCUGGGCUGAGGCCAGGGCUGAGGCUGGGGCUGAGGCCAGUGCUGAGGUCAGAACUGAGACUGGGGCUGAGGCCAGAACUGAGACCGGAGCUGAGACCUGGGCUGUGGCUGGAACUGAGACUGGAGCUGAGGCUUGGGCUGUGGCUGGAUCUGAGACCAGAGCUGAGGCUGGAACUGAGGCUGGAUCUGAGACCCGGGCUGAGACCUGGGCAGAGGCUGGAUUUGAGAUGGGAGCUGAGACUCGGACUGAGGCUGGGGCUGAGAUUGACGCUGAGACUGGGGCUGAGGCUGGGGUUGAGGCCAGGGCUGAGACUGGAGCUGAGACUGGGGCUGAGGCCUGGACUGAGGCCGGGGUUGGAGCUGAGGCUGGAGCUGAGGCCUGGGCUGAGGCCAGGGUUGGGCCUGAGGCUGGGGCUGAGGCCUGGGCUGAGACCAGGGUUGGGGCUUGGGCUGAGGUUGGGGCUGGGGUUGAGGUUGGGGCUGGGGUUGAUGUUGGGGCUGAGGCCUGGGCUGAGCCUGGAGCUGAGGUUGGAGCUGAGGCCUGGGCUGAGUCUGGAGCUGAGGUUGGAGCUGAGGCCGGGGCAGUGGCUGGGGCUGAGGGUGGGGCAGUGGCUGGAGCUGAGGCUGGGGCUGAAGCCAGAUUGGGGUCUUGGCCCUGGGAUGAAGAUGUAACAAUUAAAGGGUCUAGGUUUGGGGCUGAAGAAGAAGCUGGCAUACCAUCUUGGACUUGGUCUAGGGAUGUAGAUGAAGAUGAGCUAAGUAGAUCAUCCAGCCCUGAUAUUGAGGAGAUCAGUUUAAGGUCCCUGUUUUGGGCUGAGAGUGAGAACAGUAGUGAGUUCACAUCCAAGAGUGGAAAAGAUGUUAAUUUUGAGUCUGGAGCUGGGGAUAAGGCCAGCAUUGACAAUAAAUUUGAGGCUGCUGAUGGAUUUGAUCUAAGGACUUGGUUCUGUACUGGUAAUGAAAACAGAAAUGAAGACAAAUCUGCACCUAAUGCUAAAGGCAAAAAGUCCGCUGAGUCAAGAGGUAUAUAUCCAUCCAUGGUCCCUGGGGCGGGAAUGGGGCCUUGGGAUGGAGCCAUGAUCUGGUCGCAAACUAAGUUUACUCAACAAAAUGAGGGCUUUCUAGGUGAAGAUGAGUAUAGAAAGAAUGGCAAGUCUGGGGAAAAAAUGCAGCCCUGGUCCUGCCGCUGUAAACGUGAAGCUAAUAUGGAUCCACGAGAUCUUGAAAAACUCAUUUGCAUGAUUGAGAUGACUGAAGAUCCUUCUGUUCAUGAAAUAGCCACUAAUGCCCUAUAUAACAGUGCUGAUUAUCCUUAUUCCCAUGAAAUUGUUCGUAAUGUUGGGGGAAUCUCAGUUAUUGAAGGCUUGCUGAGUAAUCCCUACCCUAGUGUUAGGCAGAAAGCUUUAAAUGCACUGAAUAACAUCUCAGUGGCUGCCGAAAACCACAGAAAGGUUAAAACAUACUUAAACCAAGUUUGUGAAGAUACUGUCACCUAUCCCUUGAACUCAAAUGUGCAGCUGGCUGGACUAAGAUUGAUAAGGCACCUGACUAUUACUAGUGAAUAUCAGCAUAUGGUUACAAAUUAUAUUUCAGAAUUUCUUCGUUUGUUAACUGUGGGAAGUGGAGAAACUAAAGAUCAUGUUUUGGGAAUGCUUGUGAAUUUCUCUAAAAAUCCAUCUAUGACAAAAGACUUGCUCAUUGCCAAUGCACCAACAACACUGAUUAAUAUUUUUAGCAAGAAAGAGACAAAAGAGAAUAUUCUUAAUGCUCUUUCACUAUUUGAGAAUAUAAAUUACCAUUUUAAAAGAAGAUCAAAAACAUUUACCCAGGACAAAUUCAGUAAAAAUUCUCUUUAUUUCCUAUUCCAACGACCUAAAGCCUGUGCCAAAAAACUUCGAGCCUUAGCAGCAGAAUGCAGUGACCCAGAGGUGAAGGAAAAAGUUGAGCUAUUAAUAAACAAACUCUAAUUGGAUAUAUGUUCCUACACACAUUCGAGUAAUAUUUUGGUUUUGUAGCCUGGAAAUGAUGCACAUUGUAAGUUGUGUUAUAACUUCAAAACUGAUGUUAUCUAUGAUGGUCUAUAGAUGGGCCAUUUUAUGAGCACCAAAUGAAUCCAAACUUGUACUGAAAAUACAUGUGUUGAUUUUUAUCUUGUCUGGAUUGAGAUAUUUUUAGUAUGCUUCAUGAGCAGAAACUGAGCUGAUUCUUCAUAAGUAAGGUAAUCUUUGGUCCUUUGUGUGGACUUAUGUUUAUACAUUUGAGACUUUAUUUUUAUGUCAUCAAUAAAGUUGUGUGUUUUAAGCAGCA